AUGCGGAGGCCGCGCAACAGUGUAUGCUUGUGCUGUGUCAGGCAAGGGGGUGCGCGCCUCGCUCGCGGCGCAUGGCCGGCGGUGCGGGGGUGCCUCGGGGGGUCCUCGCGGGGGGUCCGGCUGAAACACGGGCGGCCGGCGCACGGCGCGAAGCAAACUGCCCGGGUUGCCGCCACCGCCUCUCAUUGCCCUAAAUUCGCGCUACAGGCGGCACAA